AAACUGCAAGGCAGAAGGAAGGGGGUGAAAAUUUUGGAGCGUUUGUUUGUUUUUUUUUUUUUUUCUGGUUGAAAUUUGAAAGUUUUUAGUCUUUCUAAUUGAAAUUUAAAAGUUUUUCGUCACGCCACCGAAACACAUAAGAAAUGAAGAAAUGUAAAACAUCUUGUACGGUUUUCUUCGUUUUUCUCGGUGGCAGCUGCAAGCUUCGACUUUUCUUCUCAUCCUUGCAGAUUUUCACAAGCCGUACAAUGUGACCCCUCUUAUUACUGAAGGGCCGACGAUUUUGAGUGGUCUGGUGGAGGGCAGAUCACAAUCUGAUGACAUGGGCGUCGAUAUCUUUCGUUCAGAAUCCAUCGAUUUGCUAGACGUACUAUGUACAGAAGCAAAAUCACUGUUGCUGCUCUUCUUUUCCUGAUUUUAAAUCGAAAAACGAAGCAGCCAUGUCCACCUUUUAUCUAAUUUUAAGAAGAAAAAUGUGGCAGAGGCUUUCGUUUUGAUUACUUCAUUAUCGGGUUGCGUGACUGAUGACGAUGGCAGUUCGCAGCGCUCCCAGUCUUCUCAGGCUGUACCAUGGGGCAGCAGACUCUCUCUCUCUCUCUCUCUUUCUUCGAUCUCGCCCCUCGUCCUUAGCACGUGCAACUGUCGCCAGUCAGCACGUGAGCUUGCUUUCCUUCUUCUUCUUGCUUUUCUGCCGUACUGUAUCGGAGUCUCUCUCUCUCAUGGACCACCAUGUACGGCCAGUGGGGAGUUCAUGUCCCUCGUGGCCUCCCCUUUACCACCUUGCUCCCCUCUCUACCUUCUCUGUAUUCCGAAGAAGAAAGAGGGGAAGACAGCCAGAGUAGUGGAGCGUCGGUCUCCUCCUCCGACUCCUCGCCAUGCUCGCCGACAGCCAUUCCCGCCCCCAUUCCGCUGCUAAUCCUCCUUCCCACCGUCCGGCGGCGGCAGCAUGGCAACCUCCUCACCGCAAGCCGAAGCCUUUCGAUCACCCCAACCCUGACUGGGCUCAGCGGCCUCAGAGGUUUUCUCGGCCGGCAGAGCAUAAACCUCAAAGGUUCCCGGCACCCGCCUCUGCACCUCCCCCCAAUGGACUGCACUGGAGGAGCCGGUUUCCGGCUUCGACGCAGCAGGUCGACCCCGUGGGUGGCGAGGGAAGUUCCGGAUCAGGUGGUGAUCCAUCCCAUACUAUUCUUCCUUUUGAGCAAUCAGGUGAAUCGGUUUCUCACAACCCUAAUCGGCCCAGAGUGGAGGACUCUGACAGCGACGAGGAUGACAUCGUCCUCAGCGACACCGAUUAUGAUUCUGAGGCUGAUAGGGAGGUGACACCCGAGGUUCUCAAGAAGAGCAAGCGGUUCAGGGCCUUCUUCGAGUUCCUCGAGUCUCAGGGCACCGAGCAGAUAAACGAGGGCAGUUGCAGGUUGCACUGCCCGGCUUGCAAGGGUGGUGCCGGUGCCAUCGAAUGGUAUAGAGGAGUGCAGUCCGUGUUGAACCACGCCAAGAGUGUGAGUUCGAAGCGGGUCAGGCUGCACCGCAAGUUUGCUGAGGUUCUUGAGCGUGACCUGAAGCAACGCGGGGCUCGGCUGGUUGUCCGCAUGGACGAGGAGCCUUUUGUAAAGUGGAAGAGCUCACAAGAGGUGAACGAUGAUGACAUCGUUUGGCCCCCAAUGGUCAUAGUGCAGAACACAAGACUGGAAAGGGAUGAGAAUGGCAAGUGGAUUGGAAUGCGUAAUGAAGAGCUCCAAGACUUAUUUAAAGGCUAUAAGGUUCGGAAUGCAAAGAAUGCAUAUGGACCUGGAGGUCAUCGUGGUCUUGCUUUGCUUAGAUUUGAUAGUUCAGCAAUGGGCUUCUUGGAGGCUGAACGCUUACAUAAGCACUUCAUUAACGAGCGUAGAGGAAGAGCUGAAUGGGAAAGUCACCGUGCACGGAUGUUCUCUAUGGGCAAACGUGUGUUGUAUGGAUAUCUUGCUUCAAAGGAGGAUAUGGAUUUUUUUAACAGGCAUUCAAAAGGCAAACAGAAGCAGAAGUUUGAGAUUAAGUCAUAUCAUUCAAUGGUGGUAGAGAAUUUGAAGAAAAUGGGUGAAGAUAAUGAUGAACUACUAAAACUUCAGCAGAAAGAUGUGGAAAGCCAAGAAGUUAAGAAAACCCUACAAGCAACUUGUAGCAUUAUGGAAAGAAACCUUUACAAAAAUGAACUGGAAAUAAAAAAAUUAAGACGAAGGGACAUGGAACUUCAUGAAGACACUAAGAAGCGGAUGGAUGAUCUAGACCAAUCUUAUGGGAGGGUGGUUGCAGAAUUAACUGAAGAAUUGGAGAAGAAAGAAAAGGUGCUUGAGAAGAUGCAAGACCUGUUAAACACAAAGUGUUUAGAUCGCUGUGUUCAACUUGAAGAUGAGCUGGAUGUGCUUGUGAGGAGUUCAGACCUUACAGAGAGGGAAUACCAAGACAGACUUGCUAGGAUUGAGGAAGAGGUGGCAAGGCAGGGAAAUGAAGCGGAGAUGAAUUUCAAAGAUUUGGAGGAAUUUGAGUGUGAAAGAAAGGCUAUCUUGGAGGAGCAUCGUCAUAAGCUUCAAAAGGUUAAACUACAAAAUUUAGAAGCAAAAAUGGAGUUGGAGAAGCUGAUGGCCAAGGAGAGAAAUGAGCUGCAGGAGAAGUAUAUGGAGAUGACCCGGAAAGCAAUCCGUGGUUCUAAUUCAACUUAAUAAUGUAAGUAAGUUGAAUAAUGUUGGUGAAGACUCAUUUAACCCUUUUAUCUUUGGAUGACCAGCAACUUAUUUUCUGCUUCUGUAAGACAUCUCGUGGAGCUUUAGAUUGAUCAAAUCCUUGUUAUCGUCAUGCUUGUCUAACCUGCAUAAGGUAUUACAUGCUACUUUGACAUUUCCUUCUGAUAAUGCAGAGCUUGCUUUUCCUUUUCA